GGACUUUCUUACUGAAAAGUACCUUACUCAUCAUGCUCAUGAUUCGAUAAAUCCUAAUUAUAUGGACAUACGUGUUUUUGCUGGUAAAAUGAAUAGUUUGGUCGUAUUAAUGUAGGGGUUGUAUCUCUGCCAAACACGCUGCUGCCAAGCUACGCCAGUGAACCUUCUACAAAAAAUCCAAAGCAAAUAUGGAGCGAUGCAUAACGCCAGUCCCAGCCUCGGGAUAUGACUGUUUACCCGGCGCGCAGUUGGGAUUACAGUGGUUCGGGUCGACCGCUUCCAGUCUUUUGUUAUCUCCUGUAUCAGUGGAUGGUAUGUAUUGAUGUUGUGGCAACUACCACGGAUCAAUAAACCUACCAUAAUCCAUUGAAAUAUUUACCACAGCAUCGCCAAAUCUAUUGUCAGCGGUUUAAAAAAGACGGUGCCCAUCAGUGGUUUUUCAAUGUGCUCAGAAAUGAAUUUCAUGGAUGUUUAAGCAACUGCAAAUAUCCUGGCGUUGCCAGGUCCUAUUAUAAUCAGAAAAGUACACAUUUUUAGACGGUGGCCGAUGUACGUUGAUCUGUGGAUGUGUGGGGCAAACAACACGAGCUUCAACGUCUGUGGGUACUGUAUGGAGUACUAAAACGUGAGUGGACGGCGACCUCAUCAGAUCUUGAUAUUUCCAGUCACAAGGCAACGGAUCACCAGAAGGUAACAAGUCAUUAAUGCUUCAAUCUGGUGUAUUGUACAUGUACCAGUAAUUUAAACAAGGAGCCUCCAAAUUGAACCAUGAGCCAUUGGAGCUUACNGGCAGAAACUUCGGGAGUCAGUCAUUGAGGCUGUGAAUCGAGGUGACCUUCUUCAAGUUGAAGCUCUUCUGAACAAAGGGGCCGAUGUGAAUGAAAGUGAAGGUGGUUACCUCUCAAAGCGCACCCUGCUUAUUAUGGCAGUGGACAAGGAGUAUGUGGAUGUAGCAAGUCUUCUGGUAAACAGAGGAGCUGAUCUCAGUGUUACUAUUAUGGUGAAUAAGCAAGAGCGGACAGCCCUGGAUAUUGCUAAAGAGAAAGAACUGAAAUCAUUGGUUGCAGUGAUAGAGAAAAAGAUGCAAGCCAAUCAGAGGUUACUGGCAGCAGUUCAGGAUGGCAACUCAAACAGUGUCCAGGAAGCAAUCAGGAAUGGUGCCAAUAUCAACCUACUUCACAAGGAAGACAGUGAUUCCCUUCAAAUAAACCUGCUCUUUCUAGCCCUUGAGAAGGGACAUGUAGACACAGCUAACACACUGAUUCUGGGAGGUAUAGACCUGCAUUUCACUGUCACUUUGCCAGACCAGACAACAGAAGACACCGCAAGAAGCUAUGCAGAGCGGCUGAACCAUGAUGAUCUAGUCAGACUAAUAGAUCAGGAGAUGACACGGCAGAAAUCCAGUCCAGAGGCAAACUCACACAAUGAAAACUCACAUGAAGCACAGCAGGCAGGAAAGACAUCUGGAACGAAAUCAUCUGGAGAACUUGAGGACAUAGAAGAUGCAGAUCUUGAGGAGGAUCAGGAUCACAGCAGAGCAAGACCAGCCAAGCUGAGGCGGAAAUAUAUGAAAGCGGGACCCACGUGCAUAGUCUGCUAAGCAGUCCGUGGUAGCUUCUGCAGUUUUUCCCGAGGAUUCCUCGGAACUUCAGCGGUGCACCCUUGAGGGAGCUUGGGCCUCCCACCAAGGAGAUUUCCAAUUUUUUUUUCAGUUUUUAAAACAAGGAGAUACAGUAAACAUGGUAAACAGCUACAUCUUAAACUAAAGGCUCUGAUACAGCCAUACAUCCCAGUCCUCUGUGGCACAACCAGGGGGAGGCAUGCUUGAGCCUCAUGAGCUGUUUUGGGGUGCUGUGUGAUAGCUCUACUAAGGCUUUGCACAUUGGCAUGAUCAGACAGAUACCGGACUGUCUGCAGGAACUCACUGUUUAGUGGUGUUCGGUUGAUCAGAGUCUGCAGGUAGGGCAUCAUUAUCAUUGCCCUACCUGCAGACGUUGAUCAGUUGAAGGGGAUUUCAGAAAUCUCCCCAAACUGCCAAUUGUGAAUUGUACCGGAAAUUUCACAUUUGUGCAUUGUCUGUCUGCCUCUUCUUUUCUUGUGUAUUUUCCCAAAAAGAUUGGGCAUCCCAUGAUAAAUGGCAUUGGGGAUAAGUUACAUGUAAGGGCACACAAACAGCCCUACACAGUUGUGCCUGAGCGUAGGAAUUGCUGUGUAUUGCAAUAUUCUCACCGAGUGUACUUAAGACGGAGUGGCCCUAACCACACGAUAUACUCCUCUGUGAUGCACUGUCAGAUAUAAUACAACACCUGAAUAAAUCCUUGUCAUCCCAUUGGUGCAUUUUACAUCAUGUGACAUAAAUGAUUUGAUAUGAUCAACAGCAUGACCACUGGGUAUGUCCAUAAAAACCCACCAGUUCACUGCACGCACGUGGAAGGCACGCUAACGGCUGUUCACAAAAUUGCACACAAAUUUUGCCAGUCCCGAUAAAUGUGAAACACCUGCAACAUUCUGUCUUCUGUAAGAUAUUUUUCCAAACUCGGAAGUAAUGGUUGUACUUCUGUAAUGGAAACUAAACAGGUUAUCAAAGGAUUCAAGCAACUUGUAAGACACACGGAUCAUCUGUUUAAGCAUACACUUGUAUAUGAAGGCGGAAUGUGAAAACUCUUACACUUUUACUUUGGACUGACAGAGUAUAAAAACUAGGACUUGUACACCAAAGUUUACAAAUGAUUUUAUUCGGGCAUUGUACAAAACCAAACAAUGAAUGUUUCUCAUUCACGUAGUUGGAAAGAGUAAAUUCCAUUCAGUGACAGAUUUGAGUAUACUAUUCCGUUUGACUUCACCCUGUGGAACACAAUACUCAUUCUGUCACCCUAUGAAAUUAUUAUCACGGCGUUCACAUUUAUUAUUGAUAUGGUGUCUCAAGAAAAAACCCUUGAAGUAUGUGGUGGUUUGUUGCAAGAUUUCAUUUAUAAAGCAUUCUUCUAGAAAAGUGACCGUUUUAUCACUACUUCAGAGUUAAUGUACCGGUAUACCACCCAGCAGCUCACCAUGUAGAUAAAAAAUAUCCUUAUGUGAGCACAAUGUGACCAUAUUUUGUUUUUCUGUGGUAUAUUUUUUCUUCAACACAAUAGAUUAACAAUGGAUGCAAAAUUGUUCAUGAAGCUCACUCCAACCCUAGACCAGGAAUUUCUUAACACCCUUGUGAUUAUUUUCAAAGACCAAACUAUUACUGUGCCUGGAAAGUUUUGGAAUGAUAAAUGCAUUGGUUCCUGAGAUCUACAAAAAGUGGGAUGAGGGGCACCUUGUUCAAAAUCAGCAUUAUUUCGAAUUAUAAUGAAUUUUUAAGGCCAGGGUGUAGACAGCUAAAUUGCCAUGUGAAUUUGUAUGGUAUAUUUCCCUUCCAUGUGUUGGAAACUUCGUCCUAACAUUUUAGAAAUGUAUCCUAUUUUUUUUCUAAUAUAUACAUUGCUCCCUUGAACUUUAGCAUGCAGUUGACCACCAGUAUUGUGACAUUUUGCAGUCUUGUGUGAAACCUAGAUUUGUGUUCAGUGUACAAGAAAGGCCAAGCAUACAUGUAUUUGUAUAUCAGGUAUUUAGCGUUUAUUUUUGUGAAAAUGGUGCACAAUAAAUGUCAUUCAUUCCAGAAUGCGUUAUUUGACA